AUGGAUAUAGUUUUGCGCGCCAGUCGCAGUGACGGUGAGGGAAAGCAUGCUGCAUCCCCGUCAAGCAAGUUCGUGCGCGACCUCCACAGAAAUAGGGGCUUGGAUGGGAAAAAAGGCAAGAGACGAUUACGCAACGACACAUACAUGUGCAGACUCUGCAAGUUGGUUGUUUCAGUCUACAGGGUGUUCCCAUCUCAAGAUUUCUUGCUUACAACCAGCACACAACAAACACAACAGCUGUCUCAGUCUAUCCUCUUUCUGUUUCCUGAUGCUGUUUUCUUUGGUCGCUUCUCCAUUGAUGGAGCAUCGGUCAACCGCUCCGUGAGCAAGCAACUGACGGAUGCCAUUCAGCACAGGGCCCAAUGCCGGCCGGGUGUGCCUUGGGUGCGUUGUCUUCAGACAUGCGACUUACUUGCUGCCACGGAAUGUGCCAAGGUUGCAUCGAUCGCUAGUCUCCCCGAUCGAACGUGCCCAACCUGUGCUCAUCCAUUUAUUGCUAGCCCGCCUACAACUAGACUAGCUAGCUAG